GUCUAAUUUAGUUGAACGAAAGGAACGAUCGGAUUCGAAACAAGAUCUGUCGUCUCUUUUGUGGAUUACUUUUUCCCGUCAAAAUGACGAAGGGUACGUCGAGUUUUGGUAAACGGCGUAAUAAGACGCAUACGUUAUGCAGAAGAUGCGGACGCAGUUCAUAUCACCUGCAGAAGUCAAAAUGUGCACAAUGUGGCUAUCCAGCCAAGAAAAUGCGAUCAUAUAAUUGGUCAAUAAAGUCGAAGAGACGAAAGACCACUGGUACUGGUCGUAUGAGGCACCUGAAAAUUGUCCGCCGUAAAUUCAAGAAUGGGUUUAGGGAAGGUCUGCCAAAACCCAAGGCUGUUGCGGCUAAAUAAUUAAAUCGUGUAAUUUUGAUUACAAAAUAAAAAAACUCAAAAAUUCUAUUGCAA